CCUUCUUCCCCGGAGAGAGAGAAGGGUUUAGAGUCUGCUCCCUCCUGCGCAAUUUCCUUGGCCUAAAACCCUAAUCUCCCAAAGAGAGAGCUGGUAGAGAUGGCGAUGGCAAUCUCUUCAACCGUCUUCCACUGCCGCAGAUCUCAAACUCCCUCCAUCGAACCUUCCAUUACGAUCGCUCCCCGCUUCUUCUAUGUCAGGUUCUCUGAAAAAGUCCCAAGGCAUUACCGGAUGGUAUGUACUGCCUCAUCUGCUGCUGGAAGUUCACACACAAGUAGUAAUGAAAACCCAUAUGAGGUUCUUGGUGUAAGCCCCAUAGAGGGUUUCGACAUGAUUAAGGCAGCAUAUACAAGAAAACGAAAGGAUGCUGAAAGAAGAGGCGAUGAAGCAUUCGCAGCUCAGUUAGAAAGGGCUUAUGAUAAGAUCAUGAUGGCUCAACUGACGAAUCGGAAGAAAGGCGUAACAUUUGGUUCUUUUCAGGUGUCAAAAGAUAUUAAAUAUGCUGAUAAGCAGCCAAUUGUACCUUGGGGACCGAGGUUCACGAAGUCUAGUGAAAAGGACAUGCGUAUCAACAUGGCAAUAUCAGCUUUAUUUACAGUUUGGAUUGUCAUCAAACGCAGUGCCGAAUGGAAGCCUCUGCAGUUUUUAGCAUUUGUCUUUGUAUACCGAAUAUUUGAGAAGUUGAAAUCUUUUGAGCCUCAAGUCUCCCCCACAUUUACUGAAGAUGGUGAGGAUGAAGGGCGAGGAUUGCGAAUGGGAAAGCGCCUGCUCCGUUCUCUUGCAUUAGUCUUUGGCUGUAUAGCUGCUGCUUCUUUGGCAUUCACGGGAGCUCUCAACUUGAUCGAACUUCUUGGCCGUUACAUACCCGUUUUCCUUUACAAUAAUCAGGAGUUGUUCAUUACUGCAUCUACGGCAGUCAUGCUCUUCAUCAUGGCUUCAUAUUACAGAUAACAAUUGUCAGUUUUGGUAGGUUUGUGAAUUCAUGGCACUUAUAUCAGAGGAUUGUGGUCCCUGUAUUUUGCCGAUAUAAGCAUUCUAGUGUGUACUCUGUAUCCUUUUUUAGAAAGGGUUUAGGGCCUUGACAAGGCAUUAUUUUGUUGGUGCCGGUAUGAGCUUAAGAAAACCCACACCAGGUCUAUUUGGUCUA